UACAGCUAAGUGGAGCACAACCAAAUCUGGCAGCUUGAGUUACAACAUCAGGAAACUCUGAGAUCUUGGAAGAGUCUGAGAUGGCUUAUGCAAGCCCUGGGACUGAUACAUCAACGGAUCUAGAUACUGACGAGAAGAAUCAAAUGUUGGAACUAGGACAGCUUGCUUCCCUUGCAGCUUCUGGUUCUGGUGACAAAUCAAAGGACAAGCUUGGUGAAAAGGCACUCCGUCGUCUGGCCCAAAACCGUGAAGCCGCUAGGAAAAGCCGUCUAAGAAAGAAGGCAUAUAUCGAGCAACUUGAGAAUAGCAGGCUGAAACUUGCUCAACUCGAGCAGGAGCUUCAGCGCGCUCGCCAACAGGGCAUUUUUAUUCCUACUCCGGGAGACAAGCCUCAUUCAACUAGUGAAAAUGGAGCUUUGGCUUUUGACACGGACUAUGCAAGAUGGCAAGAGGAUCACAACAAGCAGAUAAACGAAUUGAGGGGUGCACUCAAUGCACAUGCCAGUGAUGAUGAUCUUCGGUGUAUUGUUGAUAGCAUCAUGGCACACUACUGCGAAGCUUUCAGGCUUAAGGGUGUAGCAGCCAAGGCAGAUGCUUUCCACGUGCUGUCAGGAAUGUGGAAGACCCCUGUUGAGAGGUGUUUCCUGUGGUUAGGUGAAUUUCGACCGUCAGAGCUUCUUAAGCUGCUUGCAAGUCGUCUGGAACCCCUUACUGAACAGCAGCUUGCAAGUAUAUGCAACCUGCAGCAGUCCUCGCAGCAAGCUGAAGAAGAUCUUUCUCUGGGGGUGAAAGCACUGCAACAAUCGGUCGCGGAAACCCUCGCAUCAGGAUCCCUCUGUCCCGCAGGUUCUUCUGGUAAAGCUGCAGAUUCCUCGGCUCAGAUGGCAGUGGCGAUUGGGAAGCUUGGCACCCUAGAAAACUUCCUACAGGAGGCUGAUAAUCUGCGGCUCCACACUCUGCAGCAAAUGCAGCGUGUGCUGACCACCCGCCAAUCUGCACGGGCGCUGCUUGCAAUCAGCGACUAUUUCUCCCGGCUGCGCGCUCUGAGUUCUCUCUGGAUUGCUCGUCCACGGGAGUGAAUUCAGUUGGCUCAUCAGUUGGUCAUGGAGUGGGAACACCAGCUGCUCAUCGGCGCGGCAAAGGCGGAGGCGCUACAGUAUUCGGUAUCUUCAAUAAAUCUUGCUUGUUAACAGGAGUUUAGUCGUUCGUUUCCCGUGUAUGUAAAAUGGGAACGUAUAUCAACUGUAGUUGCGUCACUUUAGUUUGCCGGUUUCAUUAUUGUAUACAUCCAGCAAAUAUAGAGGAGCAAAAGGAUGAACCAACAUCAGUAUAA